AUGUCGCAAUCGAUAGUGAAGAAGGAGAUUGUGGUUGGUGAUCUGAAAGCCCCAAAAAGAAAACUAAAGACCGAGGCAAAGGAACCCUCAACAAAAAAGGUCAAGACCGAAAGCACCUCUACGAAGGUGCAGAAGGCAAACGCGAAGAAGGGAACGAAGGCGGUCAAGAAGGAAACCGUAAAGGUGACCAAAAAGGAGGUUGAAAAGGAGGUCAAAAAGGACUCGCAGAACACCGAUGACAAUGCCGAAGACGAAGAUACCUUCAAGUGGUGGGAAAACCCAGACGACUUGAACGGCGAAAUCAAAUGGGAAACUUUGGAGCACAAUGGUGUCAUGUUCCCCCCACCGUAUGAGCCGCUACCAAAGAGUGUCAAGCUGUACUACGACGGCAAGCCUGUCAGCCUUCCGCUUGAAGCAGAGGAAGUUACUGGAUUUUUCGGGGCCCUGUUGGAAUCGGAACAUGCGAAGAACCCUGUAUUUCAAAAGAACUUUUUCAACGAUUUCAGAAAAGUGCUGGCGGAGACCAGCGGUUGUCCGGACGCUGACAUCACCUCUUUCGACAAGUGUGAUUUCUCCAAAAUAUAUCAGUACUAUGAUAAGAAGCGAGAAGAGAAGAAGGCACUACCUUCGGCAGCGAAGAAGAAGGCAAAGGAGGAGCGAGAGAAAACCGAGGAGAUGUACAAGUACUGUAUCAUAGAUGGCAGGAAGGAACAGGUUGGUAAUUUCCAUAUCGAACCUCCAGGACUCUUCAGGGGACGUGGUGCUCAUCCAAAAACAGGCGCCUUGAAACGCAGGGUUCAACCGGAAGACAUCACUUUGAACUUGGGAAAGGAAUCACCAACACCAACUGCCCCUGAGGGCCACAAAUGGGGCGAGAUCCGUCAUGACAACACUGUUGGGUGGUUGGCAAUGUGGAAGGAAAAUAUCAUGGGCAAUAUAAAGUACGUGAGACUUUCCCAGAACUCUUCUUUCAAAGGUAUAAGUGACUUGAAGAAGUUCGAGAAGGCAAGAGAGUUGAAGCAGCAUGUUGAUAAGAUCAGAACCGACUAUACCAAAAAGCUCAAAAGUAGUAUGAUGAUCGACAGGCAAAUUGCAACGGCCACCUAUCUGAUUGACGUGUUUGCCUUGAGAGCUGGUGGGGAGAAACGUGAUGACGAGGCAGACACCGUGGGCUGUUGUUCCUUGCGGUUUGAGCACAUUUUCCUGAAGCCUCCUAACACUGUCAUCUUUGAUUUCCUUGGUAAAGAUUCGAUCAGAUUCUAUCAAGAGGUUCAGGUCGAUUCCCAAGUAUUCAAGAAUAUGAAAAUUUUCAAAAAAGAGCCUAAGAAACCUGGAGAUGAUUUGUUUGAUCGUCUGGAUCCGUCAAUCUUAAACAAGUAUUUCCAAGGAUUUAUGACGGGGCUUACGGCGAAAGUUUUCAGAACCUACAAUGCCUCUAAGACCAUGCAAGAUCAGUUGGAUUUGAUUCCCAACGUCGGUACUGUCAAGGAGAAAGUUGUUGCCUUCAAUGCUGCUAAUAGAGAGGUUGCAAUUCUAUGUAACCAUCAGCGUACAAUUCCAAAGGCGCAUCAAGCAGGUGUCCAAAAGCUGAACGAAAAGAUAGAAGAAAUGAUUUGGCAGAAGAUCAAGCUGAAGAGAAUAAUGUUGCAGCUGGACAAAACCAUGAAAAAGAAGGAUCUCGAAUACUUUGAGGAAAUCGAAGAUUUGACAAAGGAAAAGGAGUCGGAGAUUGUCUCGCGUUGGUCAAAGAACGAACUUGAAAAACUUCAGAAAAGGUUUGAUAGGGAGAAAGAGAAGCUAAAGUACCAGAAGAAGGAGAUGUCUGCCGACGAAUACAAGCAGAAAAUGGCAGAGCUGAAAGAAGAGAACAAGAAAAAGGCCGAAAAAGCAAAAGAGACCAUCAAGCAGUUUAAGUCCGAGGCAAAGUCCCAGAAGUACGAAGAGAAGAGUAGUUAUACAGCUGAAAAAUUGAAGUUGCAAAUCGAUAAGCUUGAAGAAAGAAUCAAGAACACGAGUCUACAACUGAAGGAUAAAGAGGAAAACUCCGCUGUUUCUUUGGACACUUCGAAGAUGAACUAUAUCGACCCGCGUUUGACGGUCAUGUUCUCUAAGAAAUACGAUGUUCCUAUCGAGAAGUUAUUCACCAAGACGUUACGAGAAAAGUUUGCAUGGGCAAUUGAAUCUGCUGGCGCCGAUUGGAAAUUCUGA